AUGUUUUCCUCUGGUAUCGACAAGCUUGUAAGUGAAGCACUAAAGGCUAAAAUGCCUAAGGGUUUCCGAAACCAGGUUCAAAACAUUGUGUGUGAUUACUUUGAUGUAUCUCCAGAGUCUCUAAUGUCCAUCAUUAACUGUGAUGAAAUAAAGCCCUCUGUUUUCCCCGAGUCUUCAGUUCCAUGUGUCCUGCCAGAUAUAAACUAUGCCAAUCCUGUAGUUAAUACCGCUAUGGCUAUCCCAGCUGUUCGCCCACCAUUCCCAUAUACAUACCCUCCUGUUCCAGUCCAACAUCCAGUCAUCCAACCAAAUGUCCCUUGUCCAAUAAAUACAUAUGUCAGCCCAAGUGGAAAUUACAUGGUUCCUCCUCCUCCCCCACCACCACCUCCUCCUCCUCCCCCUGGAGUAUUUUGCCAACCGCCUGUUCGUUUUAGCAACCAGCCUGGAUUAAGUGUACCGACUGACCAUGCCAUCGAAAACUACGAGACUCUAACAACAGUCCAUUGCGACUCUGGUCAGGCGCAAACACACCCUUUGGAAGUUACGGUUGAGGAAUCAGUACAGUGCGAUGACCCGAUGGAUAUAGAAUCUUUACACUCUGAUAGCCCAGUUGAUCAAAACACGACAAUCCUACCACAUCAGGACUCGGAACAAUCAGGAGAAAAUAAGGUCACAAACGUUGAUGAAAAAACAGUAGAAACUUCAAAUUGUGCAAAUGACAAAACAGCUUGGCAUAAUGUCCGUUUUAUGCUGGACGAUGUCUCCGAGGAUGAGGAAAAAGAUUUGAACUAUAAGUCACCAUUGUCAUUUGAAAAUAAAGCACGACGUUUCAACCAUUCUCCGACCUAUAAGUCUUCACAUGCAGUUCAUCACUCGUAUGACAGGAACUCACCUCUACGAAGCGCCUCUCCCUUUGACCAUAUCAGUCCGGAGGAUGUUGUACCCUCCUAUUCACCAGCUAAUUAUGAUGGACGUAAACAUCGAAAAUCAGUACGUCCCACGUUAGAAUAUAAUCCAGAAAAUCCUGCGUCUAAGCACGACACUGCAAGGAAACCAUCCUACGAACAUCUUUCAGAUUUCCGUGAUUUUAGUCCAUCCAAUUCAUCUAAAAAGCACAGAAAUUAUCCGCAGACUAAAUAUUCUGGAUUGUCUGCUUCACCUGUAUCAUCCGGUAAUCAUUUCUGUGAGCCGACUCAUACUAAUCAGGAGGGCCACCAUCCAAUGACCGUUGGGACAAGUUCACGGAGAGAAAGGGCUUAUUCCAAACCACAUUCUGUCUUUCAUAAAAAACAUGAGCCGUAUAGUCCGACAAACCAGUCAGUACAUAAUCCAAGCACACGGAGAAAAACCGAGUACAGGAAAAGUUAUGAUGACUCUGUCGACCGUCGUUUGAAACCUGAAUAUUCAUCUAGCAAUUCUAUUUCCAGUCGAUUCCGUGUAUCUCCAGAUUCAGUUUAUACAAAUCGAAAAAGCCGCAGAAGCUUAAGUAAAAUUCCAUCGUCUUGUGAAUGGUCUAGAAAUGAAUCACACUCGCCUGAAGAACAUUCUAGUAGGUCAUCCUCGAUGUUCUCACAUAGUAACAACUCACUGUCAUCAGCUUCUGAACGUUUAACUCCAGAUCCUACAGCAACUUCACAGUAUGGUCAUUCACGCCUGCAUACAGCUUAUGAAACAGAUAUGAAAGCUGACUUCGCCUAUGAUCGUUUGACUCGCAAACGAGAAAUCGAAGCUAGAUUAAGAGAGAUUGAAUCGACUGAGAGAAAGUUACUUAACAAACAAAAGGUGCAAAAUUAUGAGAAAGAAGGGCGAUUAUCGACAAAUUAUGAUGAUUCUGACCACGGAUAUGAUUACAAAAGGCUUCCAAAGAAAUACAUUAAGUAA